CGAAAGUUUCACAUCCGCAAGAGAGCGGCAAGGCAAGGUGAAGUAGGCAAAGAAAGAAGUCUCGCGCGCGAACUCGGUACGCUGCAGGCGAUGACCGCAAUUUAUAUGAGUUUUUAUUAAUUCGUGAGUGCGCUGUCGUGAUCUUCGUCCGCAAAGUGUUUACAAAAAUGCUGCAUAGGUGAACUUUCGGCUAGAUAAGUGUUGUGAUUGUGAAUAUCUUCUAGCUCUUCCUCAUUACUGUCUUUCAAAGGUUGUUAAAAUGCCUUGCUCAGCGGUAACUUUGUCUAUAGCGACCAUUACAGCAAUAGUGGCUGCUGCUUUAAUGGCCAUAGCAUUUUCGACGGAUAACUGGCUGUACAUUGAAGUGAAACGAACAAAUAUCCAGACGUACGCUGGUGCUGAGAGCUCGUCGGGUAUCAACCCACAAGCUCAGGCCAUUCUCGACAGCCUCAACACGAAGUACUAUUUCUACACGAGGACGAGGGGGCUUUUCCGGAUCUGCUACCCGAAGGAGCGGCCUCCUACAGUUGAGAUCUACCUGUCCCCCGUGGAAACUCAUUGCAGCAAUGUAGACUACUUCAUCCCCGACGAGAACAACGAAACCAAGGGGCUCUCUGACGACGCGAUGAACAGAUUGCACAUGGCGCGGUCCACGGUAGCUCUGUUCAUCGUGGCGUUCUUCGCGCUGUUCGUGGCGUUCUGGACCGGCGUUGUCGGCUGCUGGAAGCGUAGUCCGGGAAACAUCACCGCUACGGCUAUCUUGAUGCUUGUCACUUGUUUAUUAGCGGCCGGUGCGAUGGCGUUAUGGCACGGCGUCGAGUUCUACGAGAAGGAGAAGGUCGUCGGUGAGGAGUACUAUCAGCAGUGGCCCAACGUGCUAAAAGACAACUCCUCAAUAUGGUACGACUGGUCGUACAUCCUGGCGUGGCUGGCCGUGGGUGUAUCCUUCGGCGCGUCCAUACUUUUCUUCUCGGCCGCCAUUUGCCUGAGCAAGGAGAAGCGGCGCGAGCAGCAGAAUAAUGUGCAGUACAUAAUGCCAGUGUACCCACAAAAGCAGCAGUACGCGUACGCGGGCUACCCGCCGCCGCAGGCGUACCCCGGCCCCUACUACCACGGCUCGCAGUACGGGCCCUACAACUACUGAGCAUGCGACCAGAUGAGGGAACUGGUGGCGGCGCACUUCAGCAACGCGCCCGCCCCGCAGGCGCCCGCGCGCGCCCUCGAGCGCCACGACUCGCUCCUCACCUUCGACUCCCACCGCCGCCCGCGCCGGCCCC